CCCGCCCCCGCCGGGUCCCGGCCGCACAUUCCUCCAGAGCCGCUUCCUGCUCCCGGACCAGACCGGACCGUCAUGGCCCUGGCGGCCGCUGCGGGCAGGCCCCCGCCUGACCUGGCGGCCGCCCUAGACGAGUGCAUGGAGGCCAUGAACUCCUUCCUUUGCAACCAGUUCAGCAAGAGCCUGGAGAAGCUGCAGCCCAGGACCAAGGAGAGCAUGUACCACGCCCUGGUCUACGCCACCAUCCUGGAGAUGCAGGCCAUGAUGACCUUCGAGCACGAUGACAUCGUGCAGGCCGGGCAGACCAUGAAGGAGGCCCAGGAGAUUUGCCAGAGGUUUCGGAGGAAAUCCAGCGUGACUGGCUCCCUCACCGGCCUGGUCAGCAAGGCGGAUUCAUUCACCGAGGUGGAGCUGCACGCCGAGGUCUGCUACGCAGAGUGUCUACUGCAGCGGGCAGCCCUGACCUUCCUGCAGGAUGAGAACAUGGUGAAUUUCAUCAAGGGGGGGAUCAAGGUGCGGAGCAGCUACCUUAUCUACAGGGAACUGAGCAGUUUCAUCCAGUCCAGUCACUGUACAGCAGGCCCUGCCCACGUACACUUGGAGGGAGGGGUGGCACUGGGCAUCGGCGCCUUUAAUCUGACUCUCUCUCUCUUCCCUCCGCGGAUCCUGAAGCUGCUGGAAUUUGCUGGGUUUUCGGGGGACAAGGAGUACGGGCUGCAGCAGCUGCACGAGGGUGCGACCACCCUGAACCUGCGGGCCCUGCUCUGCACCAUGCUGCUCCUCUGCUAUUACACCUUCCUCACCUUCAUCCUGGGGAUCGGGGAGGACGAUUUUACGGAAGCUGAGAGCCUGCUAAGACCCUACCUCAUUCGCUACCCCAAGAGCGCCAUCUUCCUCUUCUUCGCUGGCAGGAUAGAGGAGAUCAAAGGGAACAUCAGUGAGGCCAUCUGCAGGUUCGAGGCGGGCUGCUCGGCGCAGCAGGCCUGGAAGCAGUUCCACCACAUGUGCUACUGGGAGCUGAUGUGGUGUUUCGCCUACAAGGGCAUGUGGAAAAUGGCCUAUUUCUACGCCGACCUGCUGAGCAAGGAGAACCGCUGGUCCAAGGCCAUGUAUGUGUAUAUGAAAGCCGCCUUCCUCAGCAUGCUGCCCCCCGAGGAGCCCCGGCCCUUCGGGGAGAGCGAGGUGCAGCUGUUCAGGCAGGUGUCAUCUUUUAAGCAGAAGAUCGCGGGCAAGUCUCCCCCCACGGAGAAGUUUGCCAUCCGGAAAGCCCGGCGCUAUAAGGGCAGCCGCCCGGUCCCUGUACCGGUGCCAGCCCUGGAGAUGAUGUACAUGUGGAAUGGCUUCACCGUGCUGGGCAAGCAGCGGGAGCUGCUGGAGGGGACUCUGGAGACGCUGAUGCAGGCUGAGAAGAAGCUGCAGGAGUCGCCAGUGAGAAGCGGAUCCGCUACGAUCACUACCUGGUGCCCAACACGCUGCUGGAGCUCGGCCUGCUGCACCUGGCCCAGGGCCGGAGCGAGGAGGCCAUCCCGCUGCUGCGCCGAGCCAGGAACAACUACAAGAACUAUUCCAUGGAGUCCCGGACGCUCUUCCGGAUCCACGCGGUUCUGUCCCGGCUCAAGGCGGAUCAGGAGGAGAACGGCAUGGAAGGACCCAGCUCCUCCUAAGGAACCGUGCCCCGCAGCCGAGAAGAGCCGGGGGGGCACGGGACUCUGGGGGAUGGAAUCACCUGUCGUCCCCCCCCCAGCCCCCACCGAAGGAGGGACCCUGCACUUUCAAUGAAGCCAAAUUGACUUAACCCUUCCUGCGCCGCUCCGCACCCCAGAGCGACUUCUUUGUCUCCAAAGGCGGAGCCUGGAAGGGGUGCGUCUCCUUUGGGAGCGUGCCCGCAGCACCAGGGGGUACCACUGUGACAAACAGGGGGCAGGGAGGCAGAGCUGGAUCCUGCGGGAGGGUGCCGCAUGGUGAGGCAGCCCUUUAAGUCUGAACCCAAAUACCCUUAAAGGGCCAGUUCACCCUGCGAUGCCCACCCCUGUCCAAGUUUCCUAGGAUAAGGGCUAACCACGCCUCCCCCCCCACCCUGCACGCACACUUUAAUUAAACUAAUUUGGGACUAGUCACUUGGGGAGGUGCCGACUGCUGUACGGGGCACCAUAAGCACUGUGCCCUGUGUUUCCUAGCUGGUUUCCCUGGUCCAGGGAACCUCCCUAUCCACAGGUCCCUUGGCCCUCCAGGGUCCCCCCCUCCUACCCCUGUUCUGGUCCCCCGUGGACCAGCUGGCUCCACACACCCCCAUAGCUGGGCCCUUCUGCAUCCGUAUUUCCCAUUAUCCUGUAGGAAUGGGAGCCACGGCGCCUUGCCAAGAGCUGGACGGGUAUUUCUUUCCAUCAUCGCCAGUGGGGCGUUGACUGAUGGUUUGCCGCAGAGAUCUCAUUUGGGGACGAUCCUGGGGACCCAGGAGCUGUUGCUGCCUCCUGCACUGGCAGGCGAUUUUUUUUAAAAUGCAGCCGUGGCCUUGUUUUUCUAUUUCUGCCUCUUCUUUUUUGGUCCGGAAAUUCAGGUCUCCCCCGAAAGCCCUCAGCACAGGGAAAAGGGCCGAAUCCUAUGGCCGGUUCUUACAGUGUGUUUUUAAUGAGGUGGGCAGCCUCUGAGCCAUGCCCCCCCGCAUCUGUACAUGCCUCUGAGCCAUCCCCCUCCGCGUUUGACAAAUGGGGAAACUGAGGCAACGUGGCCUGCAACUGUGAACCAAGGACACCAGAUGGGGAAACUGGGAAUCGACCGCAGAUCUCUUGAGGCCGGGUGCUUUUUAGGUACUAAAUCAUCUGUCACCAUUUACCUCAGUCCACUCUGGCCUUGUCUAUAUUCAAAGUCCCACUGGUUACACUUUAAUCUGAUCUAGCGAAAUCAGCGCAAAAGACUCCGGUUUAAGCCGGGUUUAUUUGGGUUUCAUUGCGGGGCUUGUCUAAACACAGAAGUUGGGCAACUUUAACUGACAUUGGUUUAGUACAACCAGUGCAUCUUUGUGUGUAGAUGCUCAUGGGUUGAAAUUGGGUUGAUAUUGGUCAGUCCCAUAGGCUGCAGAACUGGAGGCCACCUGGGCCACGGGCCGACUCCUUUCAACAGGGGCCACUCACUCAAAUUUGGCCUGGCCAAGGCCCUGUCAUGCUGAAGAAGCGUCUGGGCCAAACCCAGGCAGCCACACGCCUCAUGGCUGGGAGCGUGCCAAGGCCAGCAACCUGGGUCCUGCUCUGCGUGUGCUGCAGGCCGGGUCCUCGCUUGCCAGCUACCGAAGCAGAAGUGAUGUUGCUCCGGGCUGGGGGCUGGGAUAAGGUUAGGGGUGGGGGAGGCAGCCGUGUUGCACGAAUAGCUGCAUAAGUGCCGCAUUCGCAGUCCAGCCAUCCCACGCUGAGUCCAGGUGCUGGGGCCUUGCAAACGCAGCAGGCCAAUGGAGAAGGCUGUUUCCCUGCGCUUGUACAUUACACAAGAGAGCGCUGGGUUAUGGGGUGGAAUAGUGGGGGAUCCCACAAUGCACAGCAGCUGCCCCACAAGCCACGUGCCUGCUGGAGGAUGCUGGGAUGCAUACCCAUGAUGCACUGGGCUGUUUGCCAAGAGACCUCUGCUGGGCGGGCAAUGCGCUGGCCCACAGGUGUGAGGCUGAAUGCGCUCGUGUGGGGAGGAGUCUGUCCUGUUGUCAUGACAGAUCUGAAACGCACGGCGUUAUCCCGGUGCAGUUUUCAGUGCAGCCAAAGCCUCCGUGAAACGGCUGCAACUUUGUAUGUAAGCGGGCCUGAGUUCAUUAGAAACAGAUUUAAGCUAAACCAAUAUAAGCGUCCACAUGGGCUUGCAUUGAUUUAAUUGACUCAGUUGCUUUUAAACCCAUUUAGUUACACAGGUGCGCUUUCAAAUAGACACGCCCUGUUAGAGGACAGAACUGCUGUUGAGGGGGGCCAGCACCCAUAUUGCACGAUUUCCCCAUGACCAAGAGACAGCUGGUUCGAUCCCUGCUCCACGUGUGAAUGUCUAACCCCAGCACAGAGCUGGCGAGAGAAGAAACACCCGUCGCGAGGUGGCUGUGCUAAAGGGGUGAUGGGACUUUCUUUACAUGAACAAUUGGUUAAAUAAUGGAUGUUUGGGAUCUGUAUGGAGGAAUCUUAUUUUAAAAUCGAAUUGGGUUCCAUCAAGAGUUUUAAAUCCUUUUAAUUCUGGAGAUGAUGUAAUAAAAAAUACAGAUGUUUAAUUUGUAUUCCAGGGUGUUGGGUAUUUUUUUCUCCUGAUGCAAAAAUGGUUGGGGGGCACCUAUGAAUAUACUGAACUCUGCCCCCUGUUGGUUUUAUUUAGCAUGCAGCUUUGCCCAGGGGCCUGAUAUUAGGGUGGUAUAUGUGUUUAUCCCACUGAUUCAGCUGAAUUCAGGCCCACAGGAAAUGCCAGGUCAACACCACCUGCAAGACACCUCCCAGUAGGCAAUGAUGGGAUAUCCAGACAAUGGGGUAAUUUCUCCCUAACCCCAGCCAAUAAGGGGGUCAACAUGUGCCUUGAAUCUAUAACCCUAAUUUUUGUUUUUAUCUGGUCUAAUGUAACUGCAGCUGUUCUUAUCCUCUGCACAAUUAUCACCUUUUUUGCAUCCUGAUAGAAUCUUGGGCCCAAUAUCAUGUGUUGGUGGGUUCUGCAGGUCAAACGCACCUUAUGUACAAAUAUGUAUUGCCUUCGCGGGUGAUUUAGAUGUGUUGAGCUGGGAGGCAGUAUGUCCUAGUGGAUAGAGCACUGGACUGGGUCCUGAGAGAGCAGGGUUCUAUUCCCCAGCUCUGCCAUUAGCCUCACUUUCACUGGUCUGUGCCUCAGUUUCCCCAUUCUGUAAAAUAGGGCUAAUGCCACUCACCUCCUUUGGAAAGUGCUUUGAGAGCUACUGAUGAAGAGCUAGGGAUGAUCAUACCAUGAUAGGGUGGAACAACACACGCCAGGCACCUUUAUCCUGUUCACUAUUUUGUGCCCCCUUUGGGUCGGGCUUUUGAAAGUACUUUUACUUGGCAAGUCAUAGAGGUUUUCCAAUGGGUCUGUGCUCCUUUACACACAGAUUUUGUCCUGGUAUCACCUUUUAUUUAAACAAAUAUUGCUCCAACCUCUAGCAGAGCUGCAGUUACAAGCUUACUCUACUUCCCAUGUGGGCACAGCGAUGCUGCUAGAAACACCUUUAUGUAAGAGCAGCUGGGCUACAGAGGGUUGUACCAGUUUAACUAUUGUGGGGUAUUUAAAGUGGUACAACUUAUGAGGGAGGGAAGUUGAAUGCACUAGAAAGUCCCUCUCACUAGGAAUUCCGAGGGCUUGGCUACAUGUGGAAGCUUACCAGAAUUGUUCCACAGGCCGAGAUCUUCAAGGGUACUUAGGGGCCCAACUCCACUGAUUUCA